AGCCCAGCCCAGCGUCCUCCCGUCUCCGCUCUCCGGCUCUCCCCCCGCGCCGCCGGCACCCCUCAACCUCAACCGCUGCAAUCCGGAGUGCCCUCCCCACCUCCCCGCGCUUGCAUAACCCACCCGCCCGCCACCACCCAAAACCCAUGGAGCCCUAGCGGAGCAAGCCUGACCCUCGUCUCCGAUGGUCCUCGCGGAUUACCUGCGCGCGCGGCUGCUGGCCGCGCUGCGGCCGUGGCUGGCGGCGGACCCGGCGGAGCUGCGGGUGGAGCCGGGCCUCUUCGCCCGCUCCCGCGCCGUCGCGCGCGGGGUCGAGCUCGACCCCGCCGCGCUCAACGCCGCCGCGGGCGCGGGCGCCACGUUCGACCGCGCGGCCGCCGCCGAGGUCGAACUCGCCGCCUCGCCCUGGGCCGCCCCCGCGAUCGACGCCGUCGUGCGCGGCAUCGACGUCGCGCUCACCCUCAGGGACCCUGCGCCGAAGAAACAGCGGCCGGACUACAAGGAAUGGCUGUCCAAGGAGAAGAAGAGAGUGCUCGCAUCACUGGAUCCUCAGGGCGAGAUGUUGCAUGAGAUGAUUGAAGGUGUGGUUAACUCCCUGGGGGAUAAGUUUGCCUCAGUGUUUGCCACUGUGCUUCUGAACUGCAGCCAGGUGCGGCUUCACGAUGUCACGAUACGAGUACGGUACCUUGACGACUCCCAUGUUUUGGUGUUGAGGACGACUGACUUACGGUUUGGCCCUGAGCUUGUUUUCCGCAGCUCUCUGUUCAGAGGACUAGUUGGCUCUUUUAUCCCAUCCAGGAAGAAGAAUAGCCUGCUUGUUAGAUGUUCUGAGUUUGAGUUUCUAAUGAAGGAGAAUGAUUCGGUAGACUGCAGUGCAUCUUUCACCGGCAUAUCUGCUUCGGUUAGAUUGGAUAAUCUGCAACUUGCUGGUUUUGGCAUUCAUGUUGACAAAGCGUGCUGGGAAAUUUCACCUAAAUUUGCCCCUUCACUGAUGGUGAUUUUGGAUAUUACAAGCCAGAAGGAAGAGUUUGUGGUUAGGAAUGGCAGAGAGCUUUGGAAAAUCGCUGCACAAAAGCUUGGCAGCUCAGUAGUCCGUCGAAGAUUUUCUUUAGGCAAAUCUGUAAGCUGUGCUACUUUCUGGCGGCGCUAUGUUCAUGCUUACGUACUGUUGCUGGCAUUAGUAGGGUAUCCCUCUGACAAGAUUAUAGCGAGGAACUGUGGUAGGGGAUCAAGGAGCAGGAAACUCUGGAGUACUGUUAAGGAUCAAUGGGAAACUGUUAUCAAUUUAGAGGAGAAAAUCCCUGCAGAAGCUAUUGCCAGGGCGCGGUGUGCUGCACGUUCAAAAUUAACUGUGUCACAGCAACCAAGCAAGCAAGAGUCAUCAAAAGCACUUCUUGUUUCUUCUUUGCUGAAAAUCCUCACACCCUUUUUAUAUUUAUGGAGGUUUCUUGUGUUCAUAUGGAUGUCAGUGUGGGCAACUGUGGGCCCUGGAAACAAAGCAUCAUAUGCACAUAUUUUUCCUGUCUCUACUCAUGAUGUAGACACGGAGCUUCAGCUCAGUGUACACCUUGGGGAACUCUCUGUAACCUUGUUACCUGUUACUGAUCGAUUCACUGAUACAAAAAGAUCAGACAAAAGAAACAAGACUUAUCAGAUUGAUUUACCUGUGAAUAUUGUAAUGAGGUCAUCAUGCUUACUUUACUCAGCUGGUUGCACCACACAAUCAUUGUUUUUAGUUGUUGGGGAACUGACGGCAUGCCUUUCCGGUGUCCCAAAGUUGCUACAAGCAGACAAUAGUAACAGUCCCAGGAGGAGUCCAUCUUUUAGAACAGCAGAGUUCACCGAAGACGCUGACUCUAGGAUACUCCUCUGGAGUGACUCAGCUAGCAUGGACCUGUUGUCCCGGCAACAAGCCAAUGGAUCUUUCUACUAUAAUGAUGAUUUGCCCACUGACCUUAUAAAGAGUAAUAUGGAUGAGUUAUGGUCAACUUGGAUGACAAUUAGCAAUUUAUACAAUGAAUCGGGUGUGAUUCAUCAUGAAAAACCUUCUGUUAUUUUUGAAUUCAAAUAUUUUCUCAUUGAUCCUUACAAAGGUAUAAGUGGUUUUCGGCAAUGUAGAUUCACAGUUGGGAGAUUAAACCUUGAUUUGGAUUAUUUAUGUGCUUCAUCAACGUAUCUGCUAUACAGACAGUUCAUGCACCACAAACAGCUGAAAGAACUAACUGUAAGAUCAGCUGACCUUUCGAACAGUGCUGGCACCUAUGUAGCACCUACCAGUGGACUUGUUGACAAAUUGAGAUCAUAUGAUCAUGGAAUGAAGGUUGCAAUGUUGGGUGUGAUUCCAGAAAAUACUCUUCAAAUUGUAGCACUGGCUGCUGGUCCAAGGAUAAGGUUAUUCUUCGAUAAAUAUAAUACAUUGCAAAAUAGCAAAGAUGUAUACAACCCCUUGCUUUCGCAGAUGAAUAGCAGGUCCAUAGUUUUCAGUCUAGCAUAUGUGGAAUGUGCUCUCUGGCCAGCAUCCCUAGCUUCUCCAACUCUUAUGAGUGCUAAGUCACAUGCCAAAGAAUCACAUAGCACAUUUAUUAGUGUGAAGGAGGCCCAAGAACAUCACCAACUACAAACAGAAAGGAGCGCAAGGAAUGUUUAUCCAGGGUAUAUCGUGCUGGAUGGAUGGUUCGUCUUUGCUGGUUUAACUCUUCUGAUAGAUAAUCCAGAGGCAAAUCAGCAGUGUCACAUUUUUGGACCGAUGACAGCCAAUUUCCAGAUUUCAACAAGCAGGAAGUAUUUCUAUUCCUUCUUUGGGGUGAGCGACAUUAUCUCAGUUAAAUUAGGAGCAAGAAUUGCUGGAUGCAUAGGUUUCUUCUGCAUGGAUGAACUCCUCAUUGUUUGCCAGCUUAUUGGAAGCAUGCAUCUGGAGGUAUUGAAGUCUGACCUAGGCAACAUUAAGUAUUCUGAAGAUUUUAUUGGAAGACUAGCAUCGUUUUAUAAAAACGAUAUUCAGGGGAGUAUAAUGGAGCUUGUUGAACAUAUUGCCCAAGAAGACAAAGUAGAUCCUCAUGUAGAACUCAGUGUUGAAAUGCAACUUGAUUUGGAGUCAGCAUACAUCAUCUUUAGUGCUUCACGUGAUGUACUUUUCACAAAUCCUGCUGAGUUUAUCAACAGUUUCAUAAACUACAUCAGCAGCUCACCUGUAUUUGGGGGCAUAGCAACACAGGAAUUACUUGAUGUAUUAGCUCCAGGUGUUGGGAUCUGCAUCAGAAGUUCUUCUAUGAAACUGUUGCUCAAUGGACAAUGCACAGACUUCCUUGUUAGCCUAUCUGGAAUUCAGGGUGUGGUGUUAGAGAAUCCAGGUGAAAUGGGUAUUUUUAAUGAUAUACAUCAGCACGGAGACAUAUCAAAUGGCUCACUACAUAGCGAGAACCAGUUCAUUAUAUCAGAGUGCGUCUUUAAUAUUAGUGUUGGCCCCAUGAAUGCCAACUUGAUUGACGAGAAACUGCAAGAUGAAUCUAGAAGUUGUUGCAUUUCUUAUUUAGGAAUUUGGUAUUCAAUUAAAAUAGAAUUUACAGAGGUUUAUGUUGGAGACUACAGCAUACACAGUUACCUAUCUGAAUUAAGUCAACGCAACAAACAUAAAAUCUCUCUGUUGAUCCAUGAUGAUCUUCAGGUUGUCAAAUGCAAAAUCCAGGGUGGUUUGAUCUUUCUGGAAACAGUUUCUUUAGCUAAGCUAGUUUUGUGUUGCAAAGUUUACUUUUGGCUGCUUGUGAAUCUCCCACUGCGGGCAACGUCAAACUUAGUCAAAGAUUCGGUAACUCCAAUCUCUGCAGGAGGGAACUAUAUUGUUACCACCAGAGAUAGUGAGAGGGAGGCAGCAGCUGUGCCUUUAGGUACUAAUGUACAAAGUGAGGGAUCCCAAUUGAAUGCCAUCAAAUGCCUCGAUAUUGAAUUAUGUUGUUUGUCCCUAACUCUUGUUGUCGCGGAUAAAUCAGGUACACAUCAGGGAUUAACUUUUGAAGUUGAUGCAAGUCUUCAACAAAUAAAUCUUGGCAUGGAGUUUUUGUUCGAAGUGAAGCGUCUUUCGAUCUCCACUAUUAGUAGUAUUUGCAAGAAUGCCAAUGAACAAUUAAGAGAUGUACCAGCACCUCGUUUUCGAUCCAGCAAGGCUGCUGAUCUUUCACCUCAGUCUGAAAUUCAAGAGUAUCUCCCAUUUGUAGAGGCAGACAAUAUGGAUACUUAUGAUCAUGAUGCUCCUUCAAGCUCAACUUCUGCACUGCGAAGUUCAACAGACAACACUUCACUAGAUUUUUCAUCACAUGAAAAUCAAAUCCUGAAGCAUUUCUCUUCUUAUCUCAAGAUCGAGAGAAAAAAAUUUGAUGGCGACUCCAGUUUGGUACAUUUGACUGGUGAUUGGUCUGGAAGUGGAUCUGUUUCUGGUUUGGAGGUGACAAUGUCACUCUCAAACAUUGAGAUGGUCUCAUCAUUACUUGCUCCUUUUUAUGGGAUAAUGAGUUCUGGCUCAACUCAGAAGGAAAUACCGUCUGGUGGCAUCACUCACCAAGCACAGCUAGAUAAUAUGGAUUAUACUAUACCAGAUGGAGCAAUUGUUGCUAUAAGGGAUCUUAAUCAACAGAUGUAUGUAUCAGUCAAAAACACUGGAAAUACCUACCAAGUGGUUGGCGCAUACCAUUAUUCCCUUGCUGGUGAACAUGCAUUAUUUAAGGUGAAACACCAUAAGAGAUGGAGAUCCAACAUACAGUGCAUUUCUCUUUUGUCUUUAUGUGCAAAGAAUGAUGAAGGCAAAGAGCUGGCCCUUAGUUUCUCCAAAGGAUCAGAUUUUGUGGAAGUUUCUUCUUAUGUUGACAAGCCUUGUUCAAUUUGGAGCACACUUCCUUUCAGAACUGAUAAUUUUGAUGACGAUGGUGAUGAUGGAAAAUCUUACAAGGUUAUACCAAGAAGUUCAUACCAUCUUGUCAACAAGAAAUACAAUUAUGGCAUUGCAUUUGUUGAUGGCUUGCUAGAGUUUGUGAAAAAGCCAGGAAAUCCAUUUAAAGUGCAGAUUUUCGAUGAAUCUAUUGUUCCCCACAUGAGUUUGGAUAAUAACACUUAUUUAGAUGUGGAAGAUGACGUUCCUUUUUCUGUAAGGGAUAGAUUGGCGAGUGGCGCAAGUUCUCAACAUGUAAUCAUCAAUGUUGACAAAAUUGUUUUUACCAUCACUCAUGAAGUGUUUGAUACUGAUAAUGUUUUCCCUCUUGUCCAAACCUGCAUAAGUGAUAUCCGUGUUGUUACACAAAUAUUCCCAUCCAAAAUCAGGAUUCUAAGUUCAUUUAAAGUCUCGGGGCAGUACUUCGAUGCACGGAGAAAUCUGUGGGAGGACCUUAUCUCUCCUAUCGCCUCCUAUACAUUCUUUCGAUCUAGGUUCUUUACCCCAGAUCCAGUUACUAAGUAUGGAAAGAUGCCCAUCCGUUUCUUCUUUCACUUAAAGCAGGUUGAUAUAUUUAUUAAUGAGCUUUCAGUUGACAUCCUUCUAUAUUUGGUUGGGAAGUUAGACUUGAUGGGUCCAUAUGCUGUGAGAAGCUCAGCUAUCUUUCCUAACUCCUGCAAGAUAGAGAAUGGCUCAAGGCUGGCACUUGUGUGCCAAUUUAAAGAUACUGGGGAUGCAAUCGUUCCUGGACAACAGUCAAUUUCAGUUUUCUUGAGGCACUUCACAUUUGAUGAUAAUAUUUCACAUGAUCAAGAUGUGGUUUCUAUUUGCUUAUUCAAAGAAGGGGUAUUUUCAACUAUUCCAAUCAGCAUUUCCCUCCAUGAAUCUGGUAUUUUCGCAUGGAGGACCCGCGUGUCACCUGUCAAAGACCUGAGAAGCUUUUCUGGACCAUUUGUUGUGGUCAAGGUGUCCCGGAAUUCUGAGGAAGGCUUAUCUCUUUCAGUUCAACCUUUGUUAAGGGUCUAUAAUAAGAGUGACUUCCCCAUUGAGCUUCGGUUUCAGAGGCCAAACAAAACUAAUGAAGAGGCCGCAUUUGUCACAGUUAGAAGUGGAGACAUGGUUGAUGAAUCUACUGGAGUAUUUGACGCCAUGGAUUUAUCUGGUGGAUCGAAAAGAGCAUUGAUGUCUCUAGCUCUUGGAAAAUUUAUGUUGUCAAUUAGACCUGAGAUUUCGGAAUAUUCUGAAAAUAUUAGCCAGCCAGCUUCAGUGAACUGGUCAGAGGACAUAACUGGUGAAAAAGCUAUCCGGAUAUCUGGGGUUAUAGAAAAGCUUAAUUAUAACCUAAGAAAAGCAUUCAAUGUUGAUUCCAUGAAGUCUUCUUUCAGCACGUUGAGUUGCCCACUUUUUGCCAAUGGCCAUCAUGUUACAGAUCUUCAUUUUUUAAUUCAUACCCUGGGUAGAGAUGUGCCCGUGCAGCCUACAAAUGGAACUCGUCUAUCUGAAAGAAGUGCACCAGUAACUUUACAGGUCCAGAGAGAAAUUUUUAUAUACCCAACUGUACAAGUGCAUAAUUUCUUGCAAACAGACAUACAAGUGGUUCUGACAGAUUGCCAACAGGGAAAUGUCAUAGAAGAUAACUUUGGCAGCAUUGGCAAGCAGGCAACGAUUACAAGUGGUUCAAGUGCUUAUUUCUAUGUGAAUCCUGCCCUAUUUAAUUUCUCAGUCACAUUGAUUUCAUAUGGUUCGAAGUCUAUGGCAGUUAGUAGUAGUGACUGGGUUAAGAGGAUGCGAAAGCAGACAAGUGGAGCUCAGUAUCUUGACAUGCUGCUAGAAUUUGUUCCUGGGAACUUUCAUUCUUCUUUAAGAUUAUUACGUCAAGAUAAAGGCCUGCUGGAGGUUGCUCUAUUCACAAGAUACACUCUACAUAAUAUCAGUGACUACCCCUUACAAUGCACACCUUCCCAUCAAAAACCACUGCCUGCGUCGGAAUCUGGAAUGAACAAUAUCAAUCUUCCUCCCCGACAUGGUUGUGUUUUGCCCUCAAUGUCAAUGAACUCCUGGUUUAUAAAGUCAAGCAAAUUACGAAUAAGCCUACAUAGUGAGAAAGGAUCAGAAGCUAUUAUUGAUUUGGAAGCAUUGUCUGGCUUCACUGAAUUUUUCAUAGAGAUCCAAGACAAUAUAGCGCCUCAUCGUAUGGCAGCUUUUGGAGUGUCAUUGCAACCUGUUAUGUAUAACUUGCCCGUGCCAUCACAAGUUGUACUAAUAGUUCCAAGAUAUGUUGUUUCAAACGAGUCUGGUGCUGCAAUUGCUGUUCGCCAGUGUUUUGUUGAGCAUGAGAUAGAUGGAUUGACAGUUGAAGCUAAACAGCGGGCUACCUUACAGACAUGGAAACCUGGAAAAAAGCGAGAAAUAAACUACUUUGAUUUAUUUGUUAAGAAGCACAGAGAUGUGUUUGAGGAUUCUCGCAUUUUCAUCCAGUUCUGUCCAAAAGAACCUGGAUUCAGUUGGUCUGGACCAAUCUGUGUUUCAUCAAUUGGCCGUUUUUUCUUGAAAUUUAGAAGAUCGGAUGGCAUGUUGACAGAUGGUAUUAAAAGAGACCCCAUAAAUGAUGGGAAGCUGAAACUGUUUGCUUCUGUUGAUGUUGUUCAAGAGACUACUUCUUUUGUCUUACACUUCACUAAACCACCGAAGGUUACUCUGCCAUACCGAAUAGAAAAUUACUUGAAUGAAGCAUCUAUCAUGUAUUUCCAGAAGGAUUCGGUUGAAUCAGAUGUAUUAUGCCCUCAAGAGUCAGAACAGUACGCUUGGGAUGACUUAAGUUUACCUCGCAAAUUGAUUGUGCGCAUUGUUGAUACACCUGCACUGCGUGAAAUUAAAAUUGAUAAAAUCAGUCCAUGGAAGCCUUUUUUGAAGAUGCGGCAAAAUACCAGGCUGAAUCUGGAUUUCUCAUUCAGUGAUGGGCUCAGUUCAAGAAAACAAAGAUUUGAUGAAUCAUUUGGACUGAGGGUGUUCAAAAUUGGCUAUGAAGUGUAUGCUGAUGGUUUAACCAGAGUUCUACGAAUAUGUGAACAUGCAGAUAAUCCCAAAAUCGAGAAAAUCCAACGGCCAAUAGCAAGCCUACAGUUCAGAAUUUCUUAUGUGUGUAUUCAUCUUCUUGACAAGGGCCAGAGUGGGGAAAAUGUCCAAUUGCCAUCUACAAUAGUAACAGCAAAACUUCAGCAUGUAUCUGCUGAUUCAGUUGUCACAGAUAGCUUCAAGCAUGGAUCUGUUGCAAUUCAUUCAGUGAAUGUGGACGAAAAAUGGGAUGGAGCUUCGUUUGGGUCAAUUCUUAGGAGGAACAAGCUUCAGGAUGCUGCUCUCGAUGAAAAUAUUCUUCGUAUAGUCUUUGUACUGAAUUCAACCAACAGCAAUGUCAAACAAAUACAGUAUUGUUCGAUAAUUCUACAGCCUGUUGAUCUGAAGAUUGAUGAGGAAACAUUAAUGAAGCUAGUACCAUUUUGGAGAGCAUCCCUUGCUCCUUCAGGAACACCGAGUACACAGUUUUAUUUCAGACAUUUUGAAGUACAUCCAAUUAAGAUUAUAGCAAGCUUUCGUCCUGGUAGCCGACGCACAACUUAUAGUUCUGCUCAAGAGGCUCUGAGAGCACUACUUCAUAGUUUUAUAAAGGUGCCUGAGGUUAGCAACUCAGCUGUGGAGCUCAAUGGGGUUCUCCUAAAUCAUGCUUUAGUUACAUUCCGUGAGCUACUCCUGAAAUGUGCUCAGCAUUAUUCAUGGUAUGUCUUGAGGGCAAUCUACGUAACAAAGGGAAGCUCAUUGCUUCCUCCAUCUUUUACCUCAAUUUUUGAUGACUCUGCUUCAUCUGUUCUUGAUGUUUUCUUCGACCCUUCUGAUGGAUUGCUCAAUGUCCCUGGGCUUACCAUAGGCAUGUUUAAAUUUAUAAGCCAGAACAUGAAGUCGGGUGGUUUUUCUGGAACAAAACGGUACCUUGGUGAUCUCGGGAAAACCGUUAAAACUGCAGGUUCGAAUGCUCUCUUCGCCGCUGUCACAGAAAUUUCAGAUAGUGUUGUGAGAGGAGCAGAAACAAAUGGUUUGAAUGGCAUGGUUACUGGUUUCCACCAAGGCAUUAUGAGGUUGGCCAUGGAGCCAUCUGUAUUAGGACAGGCUCUAAUGGAGGGAGGACCCGACAGAAAGAUCAAACUCGAUCAUAGCCCCGGAAUUGACGAGCUAUACAUCGAAGGGUACCUACAAGCUAUGUUGGAUGUCAUGUAUAAGCAAGAAUACCUCCGUGUCAGGGUGGUCGAUGACCAGGUUAUCUUAAAGAAUCUACCACCAAACAGCGCUUUGAUAAAUGAAAUCGUGGACAACGUCAAAAGCUUUCUUGUGAGCAAGGCAUUGCUGAAAGGAGAUUCUUCAACACUCCGCCCGCUCCGCCAUCUGCGAAAUGAACGUGAAUGGAGGAUCGCGCCGACGGUGCUCACACUGUGCGAGCACCUGUUCGUGAGCUUCGCUGUGCGCGUGCUGCACCGGGAGGCCAGCAAGGCCAUCGGGGAGGUCAUGGCGAGAGCGAAGAAACCCGCUACUGGAGGAGAGGGUGAAGGCGACUCGUCGCCGUCCGGUGGAGUCCUGCUGAAGCGGAACAGGCUGUGGACUGUCGGGAGGUUCGCGGUCUCGGGCAUGGUCGCUUAUGUGGAUGGUCGGUUGUGCCGGCACAUACCCAACCCCAUCGCCAGGAGGAUCGUGAGCGGGUUUCUACUGAGCUUCAUCGAAAACAGGGGCAACGAAUAGGCAGGCAGGGUACGAACACGGGCAUCGCGUUCUGCUCCUGGCUCCUGCAGAUAAACCGUACCAGUUUACCACGGUGAAUAGGCACGCACGUCGCACAAAGAACAGAUGUGUGGUAGACUAGUGCACGUGACCGCUCCUCACUGCAACGUGUAGAGUUGUACAGAAAUUUUGACCGCGCCGGGCGCACGUUUGGUGUGCAGAAACACAGGGGACAGUAAAUAUAUCUGUAAUUAUUACCUCUCCUCUCGUUA